UGGCCCCGCCCCGCGGCGCCAUGGCGGUGUCGGAGGCCGCGGGCGGCUCGUCCUGGGCCGCGGGUCGCGCCGGGCCGGCCCCGGGAGCGGCCUCGGGAGCGGCCCCGGGAUCGGGCCCGGCCCCCGCCGCCGCCGCCGGGCCCGGGCCGUGCUGGGCCGCCGUGCUGGCCUGCCUCAGCCUGGCCUGCUCCUACGUGGGCAGCCUCUACGUCUGGGGCAGCCCCCUGCCGCGGGACCACCCGUCCGUCAUCAAGCGGCGUUUCACCAGCGUCCUGGUGGUCUCGGGGCUCUCCCCGGCCUUCGUCUGGCUCUGGAAGGAGCUGACGGGCGUCAAGCCGGACACCCCGCUGCCGGCGCUGCUGGGGCUGCGCCUGGAGGGGCUGGUGCCGGCCACGCUCCUGCCGCUGCUGCUCACCAUGAUCCUCUUCCUGGGGCCCCUCAUCCAGCUCUCCAUGGACUGUCCCUGGCGCUGGCUCGACGGCGUCAGGGUGGCUUUCGACCCCCGUUUCUGGGCGCUGUGCCUGGGCGACGUGCGCUGGCUGCGGAACCAGGUGGUGGCUCCGCUGACGGAGGAGCUGGUUUUCCGCGCCUGCAUGCUGCCCAUGCUGGUGCCCUGCACCGGCCCCGGCCCCGCCGUCCUCGCCUGCCCCCUCUUCUUCGGCGUGGCCCAUUUCCACCACGUCAUCGAGCAGCUCCGGUUCCGGCAGGGCUCCGUCAGUAGCAUCUUCAUGUCGGCAGCUUUCCAGUUCUCCUACACAGCCGUCUUCGGCGCCUACACGGCCUUCAUCUUCCUCAGGACAGGCCACCUGGCGGGCCCGGUGCUGUGUCACUCCUUCUGCAACUCGAUGGGGUUCCCGGCGGUGGGGGCGGCGCUGGAACACCCCCGACGUCGGGCCUUGCUCCCCUGUUACCUGCUGGGGGUCCUGCUCUUCCUCCUCCUCCUGCACCCCCUCACCGAACCCGCCUUCUUCGGGGGGGCUCCUGUCUGCGCCCCUCGUCUGGGGGCCCCCCCCCGCCUGCUCCUGACCCGGGCGCGGGGCGCCCGCCCCGGACCCCCGACUCCUCCCCCCCGACUCCGUUUUUAUAGGUGCCGCCGCACAGAGCUCUAUUUUUGUGAUUAAAGUGCUUUAAACCUU